UCUUGUUUUGUGUUUGCAAGUGGCAACGUGAGGCUUUUUCAUUUAAAUUAGUCAGAAUGGACGAACUAGUGGAGAUCGUGAACCAGCUACAGGACGUAUUUCUGGUCAGUGGUCAAGUCGUCGACCUGCCGCAGGUGGUCGUGGUAGGCUCUCAGAGUGCAGGGAAGAGCUCUGUCCUGGAACAUCUAGUGGGAAAGUCCUUCCUACCCAGAGGAGUCGGUGUAGUGACUAGAUGUCCUCUUGUCUUGCAGCUUGUGCAUUCGACCACUGAAGUCGUAGAUGAAUACGCAAUCUUCCAACACGACCAGACAAAAGUCUUCACGGACUUCGACUUGAUCUCCAAAGAAAUACAAGAUCAAACCGUCAAGCUAGCUGGAAGCAACAAAGGGAUCUGCCAUGUUCCAAUCACUCUUAAGAUUUACUCCAACUCGUAUUUAAAUCUCACAUUGGUAGAUCUUCCCGGAUUGACGAAAAUACCUGUUGGGGACCAGCCAACCGAUAUAGAAAAACAAACCAGGGACAUGGUGCUCGAAUACAUUAGAAACCCAAAUUGUAUAAUUCUGGCAGUGACUCCUGCCAAUGCGGACCUGACGACUAGCGAGAGUCUAGCGUUGGCUCGCGACGUGGAUCCUGAAGGUGAGAGGACUCUGGCGGUCAUCACCAAGCUGGACCUCAUGGACGAAGGCACAGACGCGUGGGACAUUCUGUCUGGCAAAAUCAUACCGGUCAAGCUAGGUAUAAUCGGCGUCGUCAACCGAUCACAACGAGACAUCAUGGAGAACAAACCCAUGAAAAAGGCGUUGAAAGAGGAAGCUCAGUUUUUCCAAAAUCAUUACAAAGCGGUUGCACGCACCCACGGAAUACCCUACUUGACGAAGACUGUUCAGAAAAUCUUAACCGAACACAUCAAAAGUUGUCUGCCAAACCUGAAAGAGAACAUCAAAGAAAAGUUGUCCAAGAAACAAGAAGAACUCAAAGCAUUAGGGGAAGUGAAUUUGGACAAGCCUUCUUUGUUGAUUGACAUCAUGUCGAAAUUUUCAAAAAUGUAUUGUAGCAUAAUCAAAGGGGACACGGAGAACAUUCAGACCACUGAGCUGUCUGGAGGGGCAAGAAUCAAUUACGUGUUUCAAGAGAGUCUCGCCAAAGCGCUGCGGACGAUAGACGCAUUAUCUGGGUUGACGAAAGGAGCAAUCUUGACCGCUACCCAGAAUGCAUCAGGUGCGAGUCCCGGGUUGUUUAUUCCUGAAGUGGCUUUUGAACUACUGGUAAAGCGUCAGAUUCAACGUUUUCGCCCACCUUGUCUUCGAUGUGUCGACCUAGUCAACGAAGAGCUCAGCAGAAUCGUCCUGACUUGCGCCGAUGAUCCUUUGAUCGGACUCGAGAGGUAUCCAACACUGCAGAAAGAAGUCAUCCGUGUCGUCACCGAACUUCUCCACAGCAGACUUCCCAUCGCUAAUCAAAUGGUAGAGAACUUUAUAGAUUACCAAUUAGCCUACAUCAACACAAGACAUCCGCACUUUAUCACUAACCGUGUGAUUGGGAAAGAGUCAAUAGCUUUUGAAGAAGAGAACUGCAUCGCACGCAAACCCACGGUGAAACUCUCGGAGAAAAGUCUUACAGUUUCGGAAAAAUCUAAGAAAGAAGAAGAAACCUCGAAAGAAACUCGGGAUUAUCAACUAAUUCAAAAGUUGAUUCAGAGUUACUUUUCAAUAGUACAGAUCACCGUUCAAGAUACAGUUCCGAAGAUCAUCAUGCAUUCCAUUGUGAACUUUGUCAUGGAGCGUCUCCACUGCGAGUUGAUAACUCGACUGUACAACGGCAACACUUACAACUUGAUGAAGGAGUCGGAGGAUUUUGUGGAAAAGCGCCAGGAACUUGCAACCACUGUUGCUCAGCUAGAGAAGGCCUAUGGGAUUUUGACCUCUAUAAAACCGAGCACAAAAUCGCAUGUAUUCAAUUGCAAUGUUGUGACAGAAGCACCGAGAGCACCUUUACCUCCUGAUUCUGAUUUAAAUUCUAAUUCUGAUUUAGAUUCUAUUUUUUAUUCUGAAUUUAAAUAAAGCACAGUGUUCUCUGGACAGAAGACAUUUGAAAAUGAACAUUUGUUUUACUUUUCUUGUUAUAGCAAGAGUGUUGAGCGUUGUUACUUUUUAGUUCAGUUUUUUGUUUUCCAUUUUAAUUUUCCAUAAAAAAAUA